AUGGACCUUUUUGUACUUGCUUUGCACUUUGGUGACAUCCUGACCAUCAUUGUUCAUAUAUCGAGCACAGGUGAGGGUGAAGGACCCCGUCCUGGUCUCCUGGACACUGCUGGAGCAACGUACGAGGAAUAUCUGGAAGCACUAGGACGUGACAGUUUAUUGGACGACACCAGUCACGACUGGCAUACUUUCCUCUCUCGGCCUAAACUCGUGGCCUGGAUGGUAUCUCACUGUAGCACCUUUUCGGGUCGGGAGUUCUACGUGAAGGAGCACAAGAAAUAUAUAUCAGUGGACGUGUACGGCCUCUGUGGUGACUUUCGCUGUGGUAAAAGCCAUAAGGACCAGGAGUGUUAUGCUAACGUCCUGAGACCCAAGUAUAAAUUCUACCUCGCCUUUGAAAACAACAUGUGUGAUGACUACAUCACGGAGAAGGUGUGGCUGCCGCUGUACUACGGCUUGGUGCCAGUCGUGUACGGAGGAGCCAAUUACUCUCACUUCCUGCCACCGAAUUCCUACAUUGACGCCACCCAGCUCACUGCAGUUCAGCUGGCUACCCUGCUCACCAGGUAA